AUGUUGUCAUAAUUUUUUAUACUCUCAGCCAGAGUCAGAUUGGAUCUUGGAAGAGAAACCAGUGAAAUAUUCUUUAGGAAAGUUAAGUUCUGGAAAGGAGACCCUCCCCCAUGCUUUACUGUGGAGGGAAUCAAUUUCUUUUACACCAAGAAAUUCGGAAUAUUCUUCGUAGCAACUACUAAGCACAACGUCUCGCCUUCCUUCGUGAUGGACAUCUUAUAUAGAAUGAUGAAAGUCUUCAGGGAUUAUUGUGGAGUCUUAAAUGAAGAGAGUAUUAGGAAAAAUUUCGUGUUGAUCUAUGAGAUUAUUGAUGAGAUUAUUGAUUACGGCCAUCCUUAGUUGAUGACAACUGAGAAUAUCAAACAAUUCAUUGUGAAUGAGGCUAUUCUAAUCUAGCAGAAGUAGUAGACUAGCAACUUCAGACCAAACAUAUUCUCCUCCAAUACUAUUCCAUCGACAGCUAUUCAAAGGCCUCUGUCCUAAAUCACAGACAAGAAAAACAUGAAAAAUGAAAUCUUUGUAGAUAUUUUCGAAAAGCUUACAGUACUUUUCAAUGCUAACGGAUUCGUGAUUAACUCUUCAAUCGAUGGCGUUAUUUAAAUGAAGUCUUACUUAUAGGGUAAUCCUGAGUUGCGAUUAGUCUUGAAUGAUGAUUUAGUCGUAGGAAGAGCUAACGCAGGAGGCGGCGGAGGAGGUCAAGUAGUUGGCUCUGUCGUUUUGGACGAUUGUAAUUUCCAUGAGUGUGUAGAUGUAAGAGACUUUGAAGCUAUGAAGACCUUAACAAUUAACCCACCAGAUGGAGAAUUCUUGGUCAUGAACUAUAGAAUAAACGGAGAUUAUGCCACUCCUUUCAGAAUAUAUCCUUUCAUUGAUGAGAUAUCACAAUAUAAACUACAGCUAACUCUAAAGGUGAGAGCUACUUUCCCACCUGAUCACUUCGCCACUUAAGUACUCGUAAAAUUCCCUGUACCCAGAUAGACCACAAAUGUGACAUUUGAAAUUCCCAAGGGAAUCUAAGGGCAUUCAGCUGAAUACAAAUAAACUGAAUAAUUGACUGAAUGGGCAAUUAAAAAGUUUCAGGGUGGAGUUGAGCACACUCUUAUCGUUAAAAUUACACUUAAGAAUCCAACUGCUACUGAGUGUAGAAAGGAGAUUGGACCAGUAUCUAUGAACUUUGAGAUCCCAAUGUACAAUGUUAGUAAUCUGCAGGUAAAAUAUUUGAAAAUAGCAUCAACUCAAAAGAACUAUAAUCCCUAUAGAUGGGUUAGAUAUGUCACAUAGUCAUCUUCAUAUGUAUGCAGAACUUGA